UCUCGGGGAGGGUGAGGGUGUCUUUCAUCCGUGAUUGAGUACUCAUGGAUGCAAUCGUUACCCUCAUUUCAGCAACCCAAGGGUCUAAGUUGUGGUCGUCUCUCCUGCCCUGCCCUCCAUAUGGCCGUUUUUUUCGUGAAGGACGUACCUUUUUUGCGCUAUUCGACCCGAGGUUACCUACCACAAGUACACCUUUGCAACGCUGGGAUUCGCAAAAAACGCUUCGGUGGUAAAACUGAAGCCCAAGAUGGCCACGGUGAAGGCGACACUGGCAGAGAAAAAGCUCAUGGAGGAACUGGAGCAAAUGAAGGCGCUGGUGGAGCAACUUCGACAGCAGCAGCUUGAGCUUGCACAGGCACCCGUGCCACAACCCCGACCGGCCGAAGAGCAAGUUGCGCCGGAACCGGUGCCGGAAACGACGGAUGCGGUACCAGCUACGGCAGAGGGAGAAGAAACGCCGCCUGCUGCUGCAUCGGAAAGUGGAGAGGACCCGAGAGAUGGGUCCGGGGGUACGAAAGUGGAGGUGCCGGAGACUAAAAUGGCGGGAGUCGCGACGCGGGAUGAACGGGCUGCCGCCGUAGCCGAUCUGGAAGAAUCCCGCAAACGACGAGAAUCGAUGAAGAACAACGCCGAGCAGGUUAGCCGACUCCAGGAGAUGCUUGAAGCGAAGCAGCUGCAGCUGCGAAAUGUAUUGAGUGGGGGCGGGGAGGGGAAAACAGGCCCAACGCCGGAAGAGCGACAGCUGGAGCAGCAGAAGGAGGAGUACGGCCGGAGGGGAAUCAGGCAAGCCUCGAAAAGGGGAUAUUCAUGCUGUAUAGUUGCCAUCGGCAUGACCGCCGUUCGCAAACACUGCACUGUGGAAGUGAAGAAAGCUGCAGAAAAGGGCGAGAAGGGCACAGUCACCCUCAUUGGAGGUAGGGGCGAAGUACUGCACAACGGGAGGCGAGUGCGCAAACAAGAACAGAGAUGCAUGCCAUGGAGGAGCAGCUCAAAGAUUUACAGGCAAAUUGCCAAAGCCAAGGCAGAGGAAGAAGCCACGAGUGCCACCAAAGAGAGGAAGGGAAAGGAAGAAAAGGAAACGUCUUUGCUGUUCAGCGCAGCGCCUCUCGACGACGAGCACAUCGCUUCGGUGAUUCGAUCGGCGGAAGACGAGGUCCAAAUGCUCCUGCCCCACGUGAAAGAGGCGGAGCAGUUCAUGCAGCUCUUCGGACGGGACUACCUGACGUUCGACGUCAGCCUGCAGCGCUCACAGGGGGAUGCGUUCGAGGUAGCCGCAAGCGUGCAGGUAAGGAACGAGCGAACGGGGCAGGGCUGCUACCUGUCGUCCUUCGAGUUCCUGGAGCAACACUCGAUAUUCAAAGACGAGGUUGCCCAACUCCAAGCGGCUCUAGACAACGGACGAGAGUACAUGGUCUCGGAGGAGCACGACCCAAGCCUGUUGCUCUUGCAGGGCACACACCAACUGGGAGCGGCCACUCUUUUCACGGAACCCAUCGUCUACAUGAUGGCGACGGAGGACGAAGAGCGGUUUUCGGUUAUCAAAAACGUGCGGGCACCAUACGGCGAAGUUGGCAUGCUGGAGAGCUCGUGGCACCCCCUGGUGCUGGAUGCGGAUGGAAGAGCCGUCGAUCCUGAGGCGGACGACGGCUGCGAUGUUGAUCUCCCGGAGAUCGAUUCGCCCAAGGACCUGAUUGGACUGCCUUGGGCAUACCGCUUCGAAAUAAAGGCCGGGUACAACCUACCGCUCACGUGUGCUUCGGCGUACUGUCAGUACGAGCUCUUGGGUGAAACAUUCACAACUGAAACUGUUCAGCCAGACCCGGCGUCAAAUUCGCCGACUCUCAACUACUCCUUUGUGCACAGGGUCGACAAGGUUACCCCAGAAGUCGUUGACCAGUUGUCCAAGCCGCUCAACGUUUACUUUUACGUCGGUCCUCACGUCGAACCGGAGAAGCCCGAGGACACCAUCACCACGAAGAAUCCGGGUUUAUCGGCUAGAUUCGAGUCCCUGUACCGUCCCAUCACGCCCGUUCCUACGGCAUCGCCCGCUGGCCGUGGCGAUGGUGGCAGAGGAAACCCUAACCCCAGCAGAGGCGUUUCGCCUAUACAACACCGGGGCAGCGGGGGGAUGGUUGAAGGGGCAGAUCUCGGUGCACCGUCGUCUUGGGGGUUCGCGGCUGCAGACUUUGCUGAGAACGCCUCGCUCAAGAAAGAACUGCACAGAGCUCGAGCAGAGAUUAAGAGACUAACCAAAGAAGCCCGCGGCGGCAACGCCGGGAUACAGGCACCUGGCGGCAGUGGCAGCAUCGAUGGAGGGGGAGGGGUCGCCACCAGUGCGAGCACGGGGGCGUUGGAGGAUGGUAGACAAAAGGGCGUCGACGGAGUGAACGCUCCACAGGUUGACGGGGGUGGGAGAAAAGGGAGGAAGUCACGUUCCCCUCGAGAAUCAAGGAGUCGGAGGAAAAUCAACGACGCCAUCGACACAGCUAGGGUCACAGAUGCCGUUGUGGAAGCUGCAGUCGGGGGUGGGUUGGCAGAUCCCUUAAGACCAGACUCUGGGCGUUCUAACGAGGUUGGGUAGAAUGGGUGAUGCAACCAUAAAUGUAACGAUGCAUAAUAAACUGUUCCGUUGUGAUUACGGAGUAUUC